AUGCUUAGAAUUGUUUUAGCAGUGCAAACAAUUGGUGUUCCAAGUUGUGGCAAUUGUUGAAGAAUUAAAUCGACUUGAUUUAUAAGAGAAUAGAAAAACGACCGGCCUAAAAAUACAACCCAAACGACUUGUUCAUAGACAAAUAAACCGACACUUGACGAUAAAAACUGUAACUCACGGAGAAAACCAAUCGAUUUGUGCAAGUUUUUUAAAGAAGAAAAAAUGACGUGGUGGUUACUCCCAGUAGUUCUUCUCUUGUGCCUGGCCACAACGACUUAUUCGCAACUGGAUGAAUUUGAGUGUGAAAUAGCGCCACCGUUGAAUGUGGAACCGUUGUCAUGUUGCCGUGUUAGUAAGCCAUUUGAUCGUACCAAUUUCCCAGAAUGUUUUCCAAAUGUGCCGGCUGUAACAACACCUCUACCUCCGAUUGGCAGCGACAGCGGCUACGACGAUGAUGACAGUGACAUCAGUGACGAUAGUAGUGUGUCACCAACGAGUGGACCCUACAGCAAGGAUGAUUACAAAUAUUGGGAAUGGAAAAAAGAUAAGUAUCACGGGCAUUGGCCGUAUAAAUAUCACCAUGGCUAUGACAAUCAUCGACGCUAUCACGACGACUAUCACAGCGAUUACCAUCGAUUCGGAUACCAUGGAGGCAGAUACAACCGUCAAACUGUUUAUCGUCUUAAUCAGCCACUGGGCCCCUGUUCAAUUGAAUGCAUAUUCAAUCAAACCAACAUCAUAGCAAAUGGUCGAUUCGAUCGUAAUAUUGCAUUGCAAGUGUACGCCGAUUACUAUCCCGAAGUUCCAAUCGAUAUGGUGACCCGAACAAUUGACCGAUGUACGAAACAGCUCAGAAACUUCUUGAUCAUCCGACGACGACGCAGCCGAAAUCUUGGACGCAAUUUGCCACUGAGACGAUGCCGCAAUGGAUCCGGACUCUUUGCGGCUUGUUUCAAUCGUGAAAUCUACCGUAAUUGCCCACCACAACUCGAUACCGAGAGUGAAGAUUGUGAUACGCUGCGCACAUUCAUCGAUACCUGUACGCCGAUCCGUGGAAUUCGUAACACGUUCAGUAUUGACAACGUUGACGUCGAUGAUAAUGGCAAUUUCAUCCCAGCGAAUUAAUUCGUGAAUCAUUUAUCAAUCCAUUGUUUUUCUCCGCUGAAAAACAACAAUUAAUUAUUAUGUUUAUCAUGCAUUUUUCAUCAGUUCGGCAUAUUGUAAACGGCGUGAGUCAUCGGACUCGGCGUUUGCAAAUUUCCCGUCGAAUUUCAAGCUAUUUUUUUUUUAAAUAUAUCAUAUUUUUGUAAAUUUACUUACAUUGUUGAUUGAUAAGUGGCGAAAUAAAA